AUGGUGAGAGAUCAGCCGGAAUCAGUCCCUCUUGCAUUCCUCGGGUCUCGUGAAAACUCUUCUUGUAUCCAACUCCCACUGCAGUUCCAUACUGGGACUCAGUCUCGGUUUACUAGGUUUCGGUUUAUUGGGUAUUGUAACGGUCUUGUUUGUAUCGCUGAUUACUAUAGUCCUAUGCUUUAUGUUUGGAAUCCUUCGAUUAAGCGGUUUAAGAUGCUCCCUACCCCCAAUUUAAUAACCAAGACCACUGGGGUUAAGUUGGGGUUUGGUUAUGAUUCGGUUUGUGAUGAUUAUAAGGUUGUUAGGAUUUUGGUUUCCAGUGUUAGUAAUGUGGUUGAAGCCGAGUUGUAUUCGGCUAAUGAGGAUCGGUGGAGAGAUAUCGAGGUGCCUGUAGGGCUGAACAAUGCUUGGCCUUUAUGGUCUUAUAUACCUGUUCAUGCUAUUAAUGAGGUUUUGUAUUUUGUUGCUAGUCAAGUGUUAGUGUCGUUUGAUUUGCAUAAUGAGCUGUUUGAAGUGUAUCGUUAUCCUUUCCCUAUGAAGGAUAUACGGAAUUUUACUUCUUUGAUUUAUGAAGGUGCGGUUGCUAUGAUAUUCAAGACUGCAGUUGGUGAUGGAUUGGUUCAUAGUUUAUGGACGUUGGAUGAUGCUGGAGGCAAGGUGUGUUGGACUAAAAAGUCUGUUUUUGAGCCUGAAUUGGAGAUUGAUCGGGUUGAACUUUAUUUGGGUAGUGGAUGUUUUGUUGCUGUAGAUUUUUGUGACUUUCAAUACUUUGUGUAUGACCUUGAGAAGAAAGAGACCGAGAGGUUACUGCUUUCGCUUGUUGAACAUAAUGUCUCAUCAGUUGUCAAAUACACAGAGAGUCUUGUUUCACUUGCUGGGUUUGAACAAGUAGAGAAAGUGGUACUUAGUGAAGAAACAAUGCAUACAGUGUUGUUUCCGUCUCAAUGA